AUUGACUACAGGCUCUAGGCUGUCCACGUGUCAUUUCCAUGCACAUGUCUCUCUCCUGCAGAUACUUUCUCACCAAGGAUUUUGACGGAAACGAAUUCCAAACACUUCACCAGCUUUUGAUCAAGCGAACAGAGAAUGUCGUCUGUCUUGCGGUUGUUGGGGCGGAGAAUCUGUAAUCCAGCGGCGGAGAAAGUGCGUUUGAGCAGUAGCCUAAGCGGUGGUGGAGAUUUUCCAAUCUUAAAUGGACAUAAAGCGGCUCAAGACUUAUCCAAAGAUACUCUAAAAUCCCAAGACAUAACGAAAGAGAAAGAAGGCCAACACAAAGAAGUUAAGAAGGAGUUCAAGAUUUAUAGAUGGAAUCCUGACAAGCCUAACUCUAAACCAUUUCUUCAAUCUUUCUUCGUUGAUCUUUCCUCUUGUGGUCCCAUGGUUUUGGACGUGCUGCAGAAGAUAAAAGCAGAGGAUGAUGCCAGUUUGAGUUACAGAAGAUCAUGUAGAGAAGGGAUAUGUGGAUCUUGUUCAAUGAACAUUGACGGUACUAACACUGUCGCAUGUCUUAAACCCAUAAACCCAAACACGUCAAAGCCCACCAUAAUUACUCCAUUGCCUCACAUGUACGUCAUCAAAGACCUAGUCGUCGACCUCACUAAUUUUUACCAACAAUACAAAUCAAUGGAGCCAUGGUUAAAGACGAGGAAGCCUCCAAAAGACGGACGCGAACACCGGCAAUCACCAAAAGACAGGAAGAAACUAGACGGGCUAUACGAAUGCAUAUUGUGCGCGUGUUGUACCACAUCAUGUCCUUCUUAUUGGUGGAACCCCGAGGAGUUUCCAGGACCUGCGGCUUUACUACAAGCGUACCGUUGGAUCAGCGAUAGGUAAAAAAAAGGUGAAGAUUAAAAGCCAGUCUCUCAAAAACUUGGUUUUCACUGUUCAUUUUUAUUUUGGUUUGACGCAGCCGCGAUGAAUACAGAGAAGAGAGGCUACAGGCAAUAACUGAGAGUGAAACCAAAGUAUAUAGAUGCAGAGCAAUCAAGAACUGUACGGCCACUUGUCCUAAAGGACUUAACCCAGCUAGUGCCAUUUUGAAAAUGAAGUCUAAGCAUUUGCUCUCCGAUCCGUUAGUGAGAACAGAGAGUGUCUAGCUUCAACAUGACUUGGACCGGUCAUAUAUAUUAUGUAAAAGCUCUCUCUCUCUCUCUGGAUACUCAUUGCAAUAAGAAUCAAUGUUUAAAACU